AUGGACACCAAGAUGCAGAGCCUUCCCACCACCCACACCCAGCCCCACAGCAGCUCUCGGCCUCAAAGCCACACCUGCAGCCAGUGCACCUGCAGCCUCCACUGCCAGGGCUGUAGCUGGGGCCGGAGCUGCAGCUCACCUGGCCGUCCGAGCUCCAGUGUGAGCCCCAGCCCGCCACCGAAGCCCCCCAGACAGACCACGCACUCCCAACUCUCUCCCCCACGGCCUGCUCAUUACAGCAGCUGCCCCAAGAACAAAAAGACCUUGGAAGGGAAGGUGAACAAGAAAAGGGCAGUCAGGAGGAACAAGCGGGUAUACCGAUCAAAGAGGCAGAGCACAGGUUGUGAUGAGCAGCGAAUUCAAACCAAGCAGAUUCCGAGUUUCCGAAGGGCUCUUCUGACAUCAAGACGAAGUGACCAGUACGACUUAAACGAAGCCCUGGUGCACAACGGUAGAAGGAGAGACAAGGCGGGAGCGGAACCACUUGAGAGCCUCACAGUAGAGGUGGCUGUGCCAGAGACAUGA